AUGGGUGGGAUGUGCAUGUCUGCGGCUUGUGGUGGUGGUGGUGGCGACGACAAUAGUUUACUAACACAUCUCCUUAUCAUGCUAGUCGUCUGUCUCUCUCUCAUGGCCGUCUGCACCUCCAACGAACGCCGUACUGCCGUUCGUGUUGUCCGGUGCCGUUGACCAACCUUCGACCAGUAUACAUAUCAGAUCACAAUUACCCCACAAAAAAAAAAGAUUUAUCUUCAAAUUAUACAUGUAUGUUUGGUUCUGAUUAGUCAUGACUAAUGAAUAAGAUGUUUUGGUUUUGGUAUUGGAUUAGUAGUGAAUUAAGGUAAACCCAUUUUUAACUUCUCUCGGGGGAUUAUUGGGAGAUGAAUUUGUGUAGAGUUUGUGGAUUUAAAAAGUUGAUAGG